AUGGAUAAACUGUGUUUACGGUCAUAUAUAAAAACUCGCUUGUUAUUAGGUUUAACUGCUACACAAAUUCAUGAUGAAUUAACUAUUGCUUAUGGACAAAGUGUUGUUUCAUAUCGUACAGUUGCUCGAUGGGUUGAACGAUUUUCAAACGAGCAAUGGUCCUUGGAAGAUAAUCCUCGAAGUGAUCGUCCAAUAACCGCCAUUACUCAACAAAAUAUUGAUGCUGUUAAUGAUCUGAUAUACAUAUCACAUGGUAGUGUAUAUACUAUUCUCAAGGAACAUCUAGGCUUAACAAAGAUAACGUCAAGAUGGGUACCACAUAAACUUACUGAAGAACAACGACAACGACGUGUUGAUAUUUGCACCAAAAAUUUACAAAAACUUGAAGGUGGUACAUGGAGACUAUGUGAUAUAAUUACUGGUGAUGAAACAUGGGUGGCAAAAAAUGAAGGUCCUCCAACAGUAGUGAAAAGACAACAAUUUGAAAAAAAAACAAUGUUUGUUAUCUUUUUUAUGACAAAUGGUCCAUUACUUAUUCAUGAAUUACCGUCUGGAACAUCAAUUAAUGCUGUUUAUUAUCGUGAUCAAUGUUUAAAAAAGUUAGUCAAAAAUUUACGGAAGAAAAGACCAUCAUCAACAACAAAUGGUAUUAAGCUGCACCAUGAUAAUGCUCAACCACAUACAAAUAAUAUUAUUUUUGAUUUUCUUCAAGAGAAAAAAAUCAAUGUUAUGCCUCAUCCACCAUACUCACCUGAUCUUGCUCCUUCAGAUUUUUGGUUGUUCGAUUAUCUGAAACGUGAUCUUGAUCAAUAUCCAGAUGAUACAAGUUUAGCUAAAGCAAUAACCAAGACACUUAAAUCAACACCUAUUAAUGAAUACCAAAAGACCUUUCAGAAAUGGAUUGAAAGGAUGAAACUUUGUAUCGAACAUCAUGGUGACUACUUCGAACAUUUAUUGUAA